AUGUCUGCCGGUAGCUUCGACCAAAAGUCGGAGAUCGAGCCAAAGGCCGAAGCUCAACAGAUCGACGUCCUCCAUGCCGAGGUCUUGGGCAAUGCCGAUCUGCUGAAGGAUGCCUUCGAGGCUGAGAACCGAGAGCAUGAGAUGGGAGUCUGGGAGAAUGUCAAGGCUCACCCUUGGGCCUGUCUCUGGGCUUUCACCAUGUGCUUUACUAUCGUCAUGGAAUCUUUUGAUAUGUUUCUCAACACAAACUUCGUUGCACUCACCUACUUCAAGAACACUUACGGUGUCAUGACCGCCGAUGGCUCCCGUUCCAUUCCAACCAGAUGGCAAAGUGCCCUCUUCCAGUCUGGCCAGUGUGGUGCUUUUGUCGGUGUCUUCUUGGCCGGUCCCAUCACUAACCGUAUCGGCUACCGCUGGACAACCAUCGUGGCUCUGAUCUUGAUGAAUGCUACUAUUUUCAUUUCCUUCUUUGCCAACUCUCUCGAGGUCAUGGUCAUUGGCCAGGCAUUUGAAGGUAUCCCCUGGGGCAUGUUCAUUGCCAACUCCCCCGCCUAUGCCAGUGAGAUUGUCCCUCUCGGUCUUCGUGGUGCCUGUACAGCCACCCUGCAAAUGAGUUGGUCUAUUGGAUCAAUCAUCGUCGCCGCCGCCACUUUGGGUUUCAACAGCCGCAAUGAUCAAUGGUCCUGGCGCUUACCCACUGCCCUGCAAUGGAUCUUCCCUACUCCCCUCCUCAUUAUCCUCUUCUUCGCCCCCGAAUCCCCAUGGUGGCUUAUUCGCCGUGGGCGCAAAGAGCAGGCCCUCAAAUCUAUUGUUCGCCUUGGAAGUAAACCCGAGGAUGCGGAAAAGAAGCUUGCCAUGAUGGAACGAACGGUUGAGAUUGAGGCACAGAUCGGUGGUUCUCCUACUCUCCUCGACCUGCUCAAGGGUACCGAUUUGCGCCGAACAAUCAUCACUUGCUUGAUGUACGCUUCCCAGAACUUUGCUGGUAACCUGAUUGCCAACCAGGCGACAUACUUCUUCGAGCAGGCCGGAAUCGCAACAACCAUGGCUUUCAAGCUCAACUUGAUCAACUCGUGUCUUCAGCUCGUUGCCAACGCCUUGUCUUGGGUCCUGACAUCUUGGUUUGGUCGUCGAACCAUCUAUCUCUGGGGCACAGCCAUCAAUAUUACUCUCCUCUUCAUUCUCGGAAUUGUUGCCUCCGUCCCAACCACGCACGGAACCAACUACGCGCAGGCCUGUCUUGGUGUCGUUAUCUCCUUCGUGUUCGCCGGUGCCAUGGGUCCCAUCUCAUACACCAUCAUUUCCGAGACCUCCUCCGUCCGCCUCCGUGCUCUUAGCACCGCCGUUGGUCGUGCUGCCUACUACGUUGCCGAGAUCCCCAUGAUCUACUUGGCCUCACAGAUGCUCAACACCACCGGAUGGAACCUUGCUGGUAAGUGUGGUUACGUUUGGGGAGGUACCGCUUGUGUCUGCUGGGUCAUGGCCUACUUCUUCCUUCCCGAGUUGAAGCACCGUUCUUACCGUGAGAGCGAUAUUCUGUUCAACCGUAAGAUCUCAGCCCGCAAGUUCAAGUCCACCGUCAUCGACGUCCAGGACAAUGAGUAA